AUGAGCUGGCUCUGCUGUCUCUCACGUCCUCCUCAACCCGAACCCACCCCCAUCCACACCACCACUGAACCCAACGAACCCAGUCCAAUCGACACAUACUCAUACUCAUACUCCUCCCCCGACCUCCCAGCAUACACCCCCAGGCCACGAAGCAUCCACGAAAAAACUCUCGAAGCGCACAUGCGCGAUCCCCCGGUUUCAAACACCACUACCACCAGUACCAACUACUAUGAUGAAAAAAAUCAGUAUACAAAUACAAUGGAGGCAGAUUUAUGGGAAUACUUCCACAGCUACGAGGGAGACGCCGCCUCCGCCGUAUUCGCCGCGGGGGAAUUCGCCGGUGUUGUCAAUGAGGUCGAGGUCUGGGUCGAGUUCGAGUCCUGGAGAGAGGGGAUCUGCACGGGGGAGGGGGGAGUCGCUGUCUCUCUCUCAACCUAUGGCUCUAUCUCAGUCGGUAAUGCAGAUUCAAUCAAUGGUGCAGACGCAGAUGAUGCAGAUUGCCCAGCCCAGACCCGUGUUUCAAAGGGACAUGUGGGUGAGGAAUCUAGUUGCGAGACGGAGUCUUGA